AUGGGCGACGGCCCGGACACUCUUGUGGAGGUUGCGGUCGAGGACGCCGACUUUUCUUCCUGCUCUGAACCUUUCAGUGUCGAGUCCGUUGUCCUCGAGCUGGAACGUGAGAUCGAGGGCGAGCGUGUGGCCCGCGAGGACCUGGCCCGCCGCGUGCAGACUCUCGAGCGAACUGUCGCUGCCCUGCAGUCUCGCUGUGCUGAUCUCGAGCAGGACGUGGAAGUGGUUUCUAUUCGACUGGCGUCCAUCAACGCCUUCUUGCACGGCUUCAUCAGUCGCUUGGGCCAGCUCUUUCGCGCUGCCCUGAUGGCUUCCUCCUCUAGUGCUUCGGGCCUUCCUGGCCAUUCGGAAGGGGGAGAGGCGGGGCCAGCGUCCCUCAGCGAUGCUCUGGCUAAUCCGUCUGACUUUCAUUCACGACUGGUGGCAGCCGAGACGCCAGCAGCGUUGGAUGCCACCUCCAUCAGUGUUUCAGAGUUCUCUUGGCACGCACACCUUCAAGAAGCCCGAGUCUUACCGCCCCUCUUGUCAUGGGAGAGGGGCCCCUUGACUUGGGUUUUUGGAGAGCCGGCUAAAAGACCUCGCAUCAGCUUACCAAAGGACUUCGCUGCAUCCCCCCUGGAAAAGCAUGGGACAGAGAAGGCUCCCCUCGUGAUCCAUCAGCCAAUCCCAGAUUUUGCCAAAAGGAGGCUCCGUGUGGCAUCUCUACUGGUCACCCAGGACACUUCGCGAUGGGAGGCCCUUCGCAAGCUUCAAGUGCUGGUGCUUCUGGACCCUUCGGCGACUCAAGUUGGGCAGGUGUUGGCGGCUGAGGCGUCUUUGCUAAGGGCCAACAGUUUCCUGCAGCGAGCCUUUGCCGAUGUCUUUGAGGGGAAAAGCGCUUCUACACUGGUGAAGAGGGCUUCUUCCUUGUGGCGCUUCGCCAACUUCUGCAUCGACGGUGGCUUUGGGAACCCGCUUGAGGUCUCGGAACAUACCCUGUACCAGUACAUGUUCCACCUCGAUGAGCACGGAAAGCCAACCACGGGCUCCUCGUUCCUCCAGGCUUGGAACUUCGCGCUUCACACCCUCAAGUUGAACCGUCCCAGGUCGCUGGGGGCGCUGUCAGCAAGGGUUAAGGGUGCAGCCCAACGGAUGUACUCGAAGAAGCGCAAACUGGUGCAAGCCCGACCCUUGACUGUGAAGCAGGUCAAAGCCCUGGAAUACGUCGUCCUCAAGGCGCCCUACAAUCACUGGAAGAUCAUCGCUGGCCACCUUCUUCUGUGUGUAGGGUCCAGCAGCCGCUUUGGGGACUCAAUUUGCCUGGCAGUCCUCAAGGUUGAAACGGCGCAGGGCUUCACUUUGGUAGAGGCUGAAAGCUCAAAAUGGAAGACCGGCAAUGCUGCCUCCCGGCGUGCUCAGCUGCUUCCCCUCGCUUCUCUUGGGAAGUUCUUCGCAGAUGCUCCGUGGGCCGUCGAAUGGAUGGCUCUGAGAGAGAAGCUGGGCCUUGGUUUGGAUCCUGCACUCCCGGCUUAUUCCGAGGCGACUGGCGAGUGGCUGCGGCGGCCUAUGUCGACGGGUGAGGCGACCUUAUACUUGAGAGAGUUUUUGUCUGCUGCAUCUCAACCAUACGAUGGUGUUGGUUCCCACUCCCUCAAGACAACAGUCCUGUCGUGGGCCGCCAAAUCUGCUGAAGCGCCCCUGAGCGACCGCCGCCUGUUAGGGCAUCACGUUGAUCCAGGCGUGGCUUCCCCUUUGACAUAUGCUCGAGAUGAACAAACCCGCCUCAUGAGGGUUGUGCAUCGCCUCGUGGAGAGAAUCUGCAAGGGCCACUUCCGUCCAGACGACACGAAGGUCUGGCGCUUAGCCAGGCUCAUCUCCUCCGAUUGUGGGGGCGACGCCCUGGCUGAGACCGUGGUGCAGGGCGACCCGGGUGUGCCGGAGUCCGAUGAAGAGGACGACGACUUCGAUGAGCGGGACAUGGCUGCGAACACAGGGGUCAUUUCAACUCGUGAGCCCAUGAGCGUUGCAGAGCUUGAUGCCACAGCUGAUUGUCGUAUGCACGUAUUUUCCCGUGUGGUGCAUGUUUUGGACGGCAAUCGAUUUCUUUGCGGUAGGAGUUGCUCGCAGAACUAUUCGCCGCUCGAUGUCAGUGUACCCCUUUGUGACUUGCCUGUGUGCGCUCAGUGUGCAGCCCGAAAGGGGGCCUGA